CUUUUCGUUAACCUUGUUGUUAUCUUGAUGAUAAGCAGAAGUAGUAAAUACGGUUUAUAAAAUAAACCUAGUUUGUGUUUAGCUUAGUGGUUUAUAAUUUAAUUGCAUCAUGUCUUUCUUGUGCAGAACCAUCAGAGUGUCUGUAAAUCUAUGUCCAAAUUCUCAAUAUUUUUAUUGGAGCACCUUAAAAGAGGUAUUGCAGAAUCAAAAUCUCCAAUUUGUUCAAGCAGCUUCUACUUUUUCAAAUAAGGGGAAAGUAUUUAACUCAGUCGGUGAGGCUAUACAUGAUGUACCUGAUGGUUCAGUUAUUCUCUUUGGAGGGUUUGGCUUGUGCGGUAUCCCGGAGAACUUGAUCGCUGGUUUAGCGUCCAAGAAGGUGAAGGAUUUGACCGUGGUCAGUAACAACGCAGGGGUGAGCGACUGGGGCCUUGGUGUCCUCCUUGGCGAGAAACUAGUCAAGAGAGCGAUAGCGUCCUACAUCGGAGAAAAUCUUGAGUUUGAACGACAGUUUUUGAAUGGGGAACUAGAGGUGGAACUAUGUCCUCAGGGAACAAUCGCAGAACGUAUUAGAGCCGGAGGUGCUGGUAUUCCCGCGUUCUUUACCCCGACCGCGUUCGGCACUAUUAUUCAAGAAGGAGGAGUUCCUAUCAAGUAUGACGGUGCAGGGAAUGUGGAGUUGGCUAGUGAACCCAAACCUACGCAGGUGUUCGAGGGCAGAGAAUAUGUCAUGGAGCGAGCUAUCGUCGGAGAUUACGCUUUCAUCAAAGCCUGGAAGGCAGAUAGGGAGGGUAACCUAAUAUUUAGAAAAGCAGCUCGAAACUUCAACCAGCCAAUGGGUAAGGCAGCUAAAACCACGAUUGUGGAGGUAGAAGAGCUUGUGGAAACGGGGAGUCUCGACCCAGACAAUGUACAUCUUCCGGGUGUGUUUGUGGACCGGAUAGUCGUCGGGGAAAAAUACGAGAAGAGGGUUGAGAAAGUCAAGGUAGCGAAGGGUGAAAGUUCUGUAGCGUCAGCAGUUUCUACCACUCCAGCAGCCGAAGCGAGAGAGAGAAUUAUCCGACGAGCAGCUCUUGAGUUCAAGAACGGCAUGUAUGCCAACUUGGGAAUUGGUAUCCCAAUGUUGGCCAGCAACUUCAUCCCUCCAGGUGUCAGUGUGACUCUCCAAUCAGAGAACGGCAUCCUGGGUCUGGGGGCAUACCCGGGCUCCAAGGCGGAGGUGGAUGCUGAUCUCAUCAACGCGGGCAAGGAGACAGUUACAGUAAGGCCUGGAGCAAGCUUCUUCAGCAGUGAUGACAGCUUCGCCAUGAUCCGAGGUGGCCAUAUAGACCUUACAAUGUUGGGAGCCAUGCAAGUAUCACAGUACGGAGAUCUUGCCAACUGGAUGAUUCCCGGCAAGAAAGUAAAAGGUAUGGGAGGUGCGAUGGACCUUGUGUCGUCUCCCCACACCAAGGUAGUAGUCACGAUGGAACACGUCGCUAAAAACGGAGAACACAAAAUAGUUUCCAACUGCGAUCUUCCACUCACCGGCAAAAACUGUGUCAACACCAUCAUCACGGAAAAGUGUGUGUUUGAGGUUGACCCUGAAAGUGGCCUAACACUAACAGAGUUAGCCGAAGGAGUUGAAGUUGCAGAAAUAGUUCAGAGUACAGGAUGCGAAUUUCAGGUUUCACCCGAUUUGAGGCCAAUGCAGCAAGUGGAGAUCCCAGAACACUAACGAGGAAAGUGCAGUAUUGAUUCUUAAAUGUAAAUACUGAGUCUGUAAGUGGCUGUAUGGUGUGUGAAAGUUGAGUCGUAAAUAAGUCGUCAGAGGAUUACUUCUAAGUAUUGAUUUUAUGGCAAGCAAAUAGUUAUAAUAUUAAUAUUACAGACUAAUUCAAAGGCUGCUAUUUCAGCAAAAAUAUAAUAUCAUAACAAAACACUAACACUCACAUUUUUAUGUUUGUUAUUUAAUUGAUGGACGAAGAAACUUGCAUUUAGUCACAAAUAACACAAAUGUGAACUGAUAAUUCACAAACCACCUUAUUAAGGAUUAAAAAUCUGCUUUAUGGAAUGCUAUUUUUAGGUAGUAUUUCAAAAUUGAGAUAACCAUUCUCCAAGAUACCAUGACAAAAAGCUUGAUUAACUUGUGUUGUAGCUAUUGGUUACAUUGUUUGCACAUUUAAAGUUUUUACAAUCUUUUAGUCUGCUAAAAGUUGGAAAGAAUUUUUUGAUUAUAAACAUAAUUUAGUAACAUUUAGAUUUGUUUGUAUUUUAAAUGUAAUUACUACUUUCGUAGGUUGUACUAAUGUUGUUUAACAUGAUUACAUCAUGCUACAACAUACUGUAAACCAGGGAACGUAUCAGGGAAUAAAGAUUUUUUUAUUCAUGUCUUCUUUUUUGUUUUGAAUGUAUUAUUUAUCUCCAUUGUUUUAAGAGAAUGAAAACAUUGAUAAGUUUAAGACAAAAAUAGAUUUGUAUCUUGUUUGCUUGUUGCUUGAUAAGUUUUUGUUCGUCUGACUUGUUUUGUUAUAUUUUAGUGAUUAGGACUACUUGAUCAAAUAGUUAUUGUAUGUUGUGUUAUUAAUUUCCUAGAUAUAUAUACAGGGUGACACAAAGGAACCGGACGUUUUUUAAAUAAGUAGUACACAGUAGUUAAAACGUUAAAAGGAAUAAACUGGUUUUAAUACUGUACAUAGUGAGGUAAACAUUUGCCAUUUGUUACAAAACCGUCAUUUUUUGAAAAUGACGUCAUGCAUACGGCAGCCAUGUACUUAUCUACAAUGUUCAUUCUGGUCUGAAAAUCCUCUGAAACUCGGGUCAGGAGGUUCAAUGCCAUUGAUAUCUUCUGUGAUUGCAAACUUCAAAUCCUCUAGAGUGCUCAAAUCCUCUAGAGUGCGUGGUUUGUGAGCAUGAACACGCUCCUUAAGAAACCCCCAAAGAAUAUAAUCACUAGUGGACAAGCCACAUGAUCUUGGCGGCCACGGCAUGUCACCAAAGCGAGAAAUCACCUUGUUAGGAAACAUUCAUUCAAUACUGCUCUCACUCUGGCGAUGUUUUCGGGUGUUCUCGAAGUUCUAACAAGGCCUGGUAGUUUCUUUCUUGUUAUAUUCCCAGUUGUUCGGAACCCUGAAACCCAUCUUAAUAGCGUAUUUCGGCUUCGAACCGUUCCAUGGCGUUCAAUAUUAAAAUGUCGACUAAAUUCCCGCUGGAUUUGACGACGGAUUCGCCAUUUCGGACCAAAGUAUCGUAUGCGAAAACGCGAUGGUCUAGGGUCCACUGAGCCAUUUCAACAAAAAUGGCAAGCCUCACUGAAGGUAAUGACAUAACUUCAAUCUUUCUACCACGUGCAACAACAAUCCUUUGUGUCACCCUGUAUAUUACUCUUUUAACAAUCAGUUUUUUUAUAAAUUAAAUAAUUUGAUAAAUUAGUUAAAUAAUUCAAAAGCAAAUUAUAUUUCCAAUUGUUACUGUAAUUUUGAACUGAUUUUUUAUGAAUUUCUAUCAGUUUUUUAGCCACUAAAUGAUAAAUAAGAAUGUUCUAUAACAUAUUUAUCAAACAAAUACUAAAGAUCAUUCCUUUGAUAAGUUUUUUAAUGGUAUUUAUAUGAGCAGAAAACCAUUGAUUGGAUAACAUAAUUACUUAAGCUGUUUCUAGCACUGUAAUCGAAGUUAAACUAGUAAACUAGGAUCUAAAAAUUGAGAUUGACUCCUAUAACCAAUUACGUUAAUUAGUUUUAAGUUUGUGUCAGGCUACAUUAGUUUGAUUGUACAUAUUGAUUCUUAUCUGUAAAUAAAAGGUUAUUUUGCUGUUUAA